AUGAAGCUUUUUGUGAAUCGCUCUUUCUUACAUCUUGUGGAAGACAUCGAUUCAAUAAAGAAGAUGAAUUGGGCAGAAUUUGUGUUGUCCUAUCUUGUGCACGGGAUUGAAGAGUUUAAGAAGAAACAACAAAGUGGGGUUUGCGGUUGCUUAUUGUUUUUAAUGUUAUUCUACCACGAGCAUAUAUCCUUUGAAGAGAAAUUCCUACCGCUAUAUACUCGACCUUCUCCUCGGAUUACUGCUUGGGGAGAUGAUGAAGUAUUGGACAGGAAACGAAGAUUGAAAAAACUUGGUGGAUAUGCAAAUGAGGAUCUCAAAAUAUGGGUGAUAGAAAAUGAGAUAAGGGAUUGCGUUGAUGGAAAUGCAACGACAAUGGCGAGUGAGAAUGAGGACGAUGAGAUAUUUGUAUCCAAUCUAAACAAAGAUGUUAUUAAACGAGUUGAUGGUGGGAAGUUAAUGGAGAUGGAUAAAACCUUUCAACAAUUAAAGACACAUCUACUUGAUAUGGCUUAUGGUGCAAGUAGUAGUAGUUGUGAUAAAAUUUUGGCUAAAUUUGAGGAGAAUUAUACUCAAGUGAAAGGUCUCUUCCUUAGGUCAAGCGGAAAACCUUUGAGAAUGCACGAGGAAGGAACGAAGAAUGACAUGCUCUCAUGCGAGAGAAGUUUGGAAGAUACGAACAAUAUGAAUGUGAAUGAACAUUAUCUUCACACUUUGUCAAAUGAGAAGUUAUGCACCGAGGACUUGAAUGAAAAGAAUGAAGAUGCAUGUGCUACAUCAAUUGAAGUGCAUAUCAUUCCAGACGAAAAUGAAAAUAUCUUACCACUUAGAAGAGAUUAUGGAAAGGAACCAUUACGAGCACUAUGUGGUUAUCCUAAUCAUGUCAUGAAAACACGUUCAUCAAGGGAGAGGAAACCAAGUAAAUUCAAGGUCUCCCCGUUUGUACAGAAAUCAAGGAAGAUGGUAAAACGUGAAGCAUCAGAGUCAAUCCCCAUGUCCAUUCGUGAAGACGUGGUGGAUACUCAAUCAUUCAAUGUACUUCAAUCUCUUGUCGCUGAUUAUGUUUUCAAUAAAGCGUUGUCAAAAAGGUUUGUCGUGUCUAGAACAUUCAUAGAUGUGUUGUUACAAUUUUUGCCUUCAUAUGCUUCCAAUUUACUGAAGUUUGUUUGA